UUUAGACUUUCGAUGUUUGAAGAUUGCCCCAACUCAAUCUAUUGAACAUGGCUACUGCCUGGGAUAUGUUGGCUGAAAUGCUAAGUCCGUCUCCUGAAGAAGGAAGGCAUAAUAAUAAUGAUGAGAGCGUUGUGAAUGUGAAGCAUGGUUCUUUGUACGAAAGUUUGAAGUCUGGUGAUUGGAAUGCUGCAAAGGAAUAUAUUGAUCGACACCCCGAGUCACUAACACAUAGAGGUUCAUCAAGCGGUGGGACAGCUCUUCACGUGGCAAUCGAGUGGAAGCAGUUACACAUUGUGGAAGAGUUGUUGAAGCUGAUGACAGGAGAGGACUUGGAAAUUGAAGAUGGCGAUGGUUUCACAGCUUUUUUCUAUGCUUUGAUAAGAGGAACGGCCCCAAUAGUUGCCAGCAUGGUAAAAAAGAACGAGAAUUUAGUUACCAAGCGUGUUAUGACCAACGCAGGCGCUAUAUGACUCCAGUUUUAUACGCUUGUGUUUUGGGCAGCUGGAAAAUAGCUCGCUUUCUCUAUUCUCGCACUCCAAUCCAUGUUUUGACUCAAGACAAUAAUGGCCGCCAAGGAGCUGAACUUAUUUCCCAGUGCUUUUUCCAGAGAAAUAAAUUUGGU